AUGUCUCAUGCUUCUUCUUCCAAAGUGUGCAAGUACGAUAUCUUUUUGAGUUUUAGAGGUGAAGAUACUCGUAGAAACUUUGUAAGUCAUCUAUAUAAGGCUCUGGAACAAAGAGGAAUCCGCACUUUUAAAGAUGAUGAGCGACUAGAAACCGGAAAAUCAAUUUCUGAAGAACUUUUGAAAGCCAUACAAGAGUCUAAAUUUGCUAUAGUGAUAUUUUCAAAAAGCUACGCAACCUCAAGAUGGUGCUUAGAGGAGCUUGCACACAUCAUAAAGUGUAAAAAGGAAUUGGAGCAGAUUGUGAUUCCAGUCUUCUAUGAUGUGAGUCCAUCAGAUGUACGCCAUCAAAAUCCCCCUUUCGCUGAUUCAUUUUCCCAACACGAGGUAAAAUACAAAGAUGCUAUGGAGAAGGUUCAAAGAUGGAGGGAUGCAUUUGUGGAGGCAGGGAAAAUAUCAGGCUAUCAUUUAAUAAAUUUCAAGGAUGAGGCUGAGUGCGUCAAGAAAUUAGUUGAUGACAUAUUUCCUAAAUCACUUCAAAUUAUUUCACCUUUCCCGGAAAGUUUAGUGGGUAUGAAAUCUCAGGUUGAGAAAGUAACCUCAUUAUUAGAUAUGGAAUCAAACGAUGUUCGCUCUAUUGGUAUUUGGGGUAUGCUUCGUUGGAAGAAAGUUCUGUUCACCAUCGAUGACGUAAACCAUCAAGAACAGUUGGAAUUUUUGGUUGGAGAGCCAGAGUGGUUUGGUAGGGGUAGCAGAAUUAUUUUAACAGCAAGAGACAAGCACCUGUUAAUCAGUCACGUCGGGGAUAAUGUGUAUGAAGUCCAACUAUUAUCUGAGAAUGAAGCACUUGAAUUGUUCAGUAGGCAUGCUUUUAGAGAAAAAUCACCAAAAGAAGAUUUUUUGGAACUUUCAAGGCAAGUGGUGAAGUAUGCUGGUAGACUCCCUUUAGCCCUUAAAGUUUUGGGUUCUUCAUUUUACCGACGAGAUAAAAAGCUCUGGAGACACAUAAUUGAUCGGCUGAAGAGAAUCCCUCACAAGGAUAUUCUAGGAAAGCUUAGGCUUAGUUUUGAUGGUCUGGAUAAAGAUGAGAAGGAAUUAUUUCUGGAUAUUGCAUUUCUAGAGUUUGCAGGCUUGAGUGGAUAUGAUUUUUAUCUUUGUGUGAAAUCAGUAAUGAGAGACCCGAGUCGUGGUUUUCUAGUAGAUUGCCUUGUCGAAAAAUCUCUAUUAUCCAUGGACCUGUAUAAUAGUAUUGUGAUGCAUAAUAUGAUAAGAAAAAUGGGAGAAAAUGUCAUACGGGAAGAGUAUGCUAACAGCAGAAUAUGGCUUCCCGAGGAAGUUUGUGACCUUUUUACAGGAAAGUUGAUAACAGAAAAGGUGGAAAGCCUAUGUAUCCCAAAAGGUUACUAUUUUGAAGAUGAUCUUGUCGAUUAUAGCAAUAUUUUCAAGAGGAUGCAAAGCUUCAAAAUACUCAUAGUUGGUGAUGGAGCUUUUAGCACAAAUUGCGCUAUCACUUAUCUUCCUUCCAGCCUGAGGUUUAUUGAUUGGCGGGGGUAUCCUUCAAUUUCAUUGCCAGAGAGCUUUGAACCAUCACAGCUCGCUGUGCUUUGUUUAUGUGAAAGUAGGCUUGUUGAACUUUGGCCAAUAUCAAAGAAAUUGAGCAAUUUGAAGGAUUUGGAUCUAAGGCAAAGCCUUGGGUUAACAAAAACCCCUAAUUUUGGUGAUAUGCCAAACUUGGAGACACUAGAUUUAAGGGGGUGUGUGAAUUUGGAAGAGGUCCAUCCCUCUCUUGGACACUGCAGAAUGCUUACUUAUUUGAGUUUGGAUGGUUGUAGCAAACUUAAGAAGCUUCCAAAAUUUGUCUGCAUGGAUUCUCUUGAGGAACUCUAUCUCAGUAAAUGCACAAGCUUACAAGAAUUUCCAGAAAUCUGUGGAGAUAUGCGGCGCUUAUCAAUACUCUCUCUAGAAUCCCCCUGGAUAAGAAGCUUACCCCCGUCUCUUAGCGGCAUUAGAGAGUUGCAUUUGGCUGGUUGUGAAAUUCUUGAAAGUAUUCCAGACACUAUUCAAAAUCUUAGUUUUCUCGAAAUUUCAGAUUGCAAUAAACUUGCAACACUGCCAAACAGCCUCUUUGAAUCACAGCAAUUGGAAGAUCUUGAAAUACACCGAUGUUCUGGAUUGGUAAAGCUCCCCUCAUCUCUUGGAGUUCAAAAGAAUCUCCUUGGGUUAGUGAUAGAUAGAUGUGAGAACUUAAAGCUUCCAAGCUCUAUUCAGAUGGAAUCCCUUGAAGAUCUCACGAUAUCUAAUUACCCAAAAUUAGAUACAUUUCCACAAAUCAAUGGAGAUACGCAUUGCUUGUCAGAACUGAGUCUGAAUUCUACUGGGAUAAGAGAAGUGCCUUCAUCCAUUGGGAAUCUGAGCGGCCUCACUCAGCUAAAUCUGGAUGGUUGUGAAGAUCUUGUAAGUCUACCAGACAGCAUCUGUAAUUUGAUGAAUCUUCAACAACUUUUCCUCAGUGGGUGCAAAAAGUUAGAGAAGCUUCCAGAAAACAUUGGUGAUCUGCAGGAGUUUGAUAUGCUUGAGGAUUUAGGAUCUUUGCACUCUUUGGAAAAGUUGGAUGUAAGUGGAAGCAAUAUUUCUUGUUUACCAAAAAGCUUUAAAGGACUCUUACACCUUCAGCAUCUGAACAUACAAUUCUGUCAGAAUCUUAAUGAACUGCCAGGAGAGCUACCCCCAAAUUUAGAGGAGCUAUUUGCAGAUUAUCAUUUAGCCUUGAAGAGCAUCAGAGAUAUCGUAAUUAAUUGUCUUAAGCUGUAUAGGUUCGUAAUAUCAGCCGUCUCAAGUGAACAAGUUAAUGUGUUCCUACACCAUUUUUUCACGACAGACAUCCAGUGUGACUUCCAUCAAAGGGAUUAUUUUGUCAUUUAUUUUCGUGAUCAAGUCAGAAUUCCAGAGUUAUUCGAUUAUCAUCAGUUGAUAAAUCAAAAAGUGAUCUCAAUUGAUCUGAACCCAUCUUGGUAUACCGAUAAAUUCAUGGGUUUUUUGAUAAGUUAUGGUCCUACUAGACUAUACUCAGGAUUAGAAGUUACAUUGGUCUGCAAAUCUGACCCUGAAAGAAAAUAUUCCUUGAAGUAUAACCUGUAUGGAUAUUUGAUGCUCAUCGAUCCUUUCAUUUGUUGCUGGUACAUACCAUUUGAAACAUUGUGGAAUGGAAAAGGCAAUAAAGAAGGGAAGAAUCCAAAUGAUUAUUACAUUUUGGAGUUUUCUCACAUGUUCUGGUGGGAGACCAAAGUAGCAGCAUGCUGGGGAAUUCUGCUGGGGUAUGAAGAGGAAGCAAUGAAUGAUACUGGUCAUGGAAAAAAGAAAAGAAGAAGCAAUGAGUGA